AUGGGGCAGGGCGGCCUUGGCCCCGUUUGCGGUCCAUCCUGCUUCGGUGUGAACACGGACACGGCUGAGGCUGUCGAGAAGUUGGAUGAAGAGCGAGGGUCGGGUCGGAACACGAACCGCCUGGCGCGGGUGGUGCAGGAGCCGCCGCAGGCUCUGGAACCCACUCGCUAA